AUGGUGGAUGACAACGAUGAUACACAUGUCGAAGUGGGUGAUGAACCCAUGUCUGUAGUUAUCGAUAAAUUACAUUCACAAUCCAGUGAGCUUGCUUACUCCGAAGAUAUGGCAGGUCUUUUUUGUAAAUAUUGCGUUGUAUUUGCUAGAACUGGUGGUAUGCAGGCGAAAUUGCUUGGUCAGCUUGUACUAAAUUGCUUUAAUAGUUAUGCUAAAGCUACAGCGACAUUUCGAGAGCACGUUAAACAUAAAUAUCACUGCCAAGCUGUUAUGCAAGCAGAUCAUUUUAUAAGUAUAAUGGAGAAAAAAAAAUUAAAAAUUAUUGAUCAAAUUGACUCUGAUAGAGUGUCUCAGGUUAAAGAAAACCGUAAGAGACUUAUUCCAAUUAUUGAAUGUGUGAUACUAUGUGGCCAUGAAGAGCUUCCCUUAAGAGGACAUAGAGACAGUGGAUCAAUUAUUGUUGAUGAUGAUACAUCUAGAGAAGGUAAUUUUAGAUCAAUUUUAAAAUAUAGGGCGAAAGGUGAUGAAUAUCUAAAACACAUUCUUGAAGGACCUGGUCAAGGAAACCGACGUUAUACUAGUCCCAUCAUUCAAAAUGAUAUAAUAGAUGCUUGCAAUACUAUUUUAAUGAAAAGAAUUGCAGAUAAUGUAAAUAAUUCUAAAUGCUUUUCUAUUUUAGUAGAUGAAACAUCUGAUAUAUCUACUAUUGAACAGCUUUCAAUAUGCGUUAGAUAUAUCAAUAAUCAAAAUAUAUUGCAUGAAGAUUUUCUGCAAUUUUUUGUUAUUGAUAGUCUUACUGGUGUGAAUCUAGCAACAUCUAUAUUAAAUGGAUUAGCUGCUUGUGGUAUAAACUGCAAUUAUCUAUACGGGCAAGGGUAUGAUGGAGCCAUGAAUAUGGCUGGCAGAAUUAAAGGUGUUCAGUCAGUGAUAAAAACAAAAUACCCUAAGGCUUUGUAUGUGCACUGUGCGGCUCAUUCAUUGAACCUAGCAGUGUCGGCAGCCAGUGAUCUGCAACCUAUCCGUAACUGUUUGGGCAUAAUUGAGAAAGCUCAUGUUUUUUUUAACACUCCAAAACGAAAUAAUGUUUUACAACAUGAGAUUGAAAAUGGUGAUACAUUACCAGAUGCAAAAAAAUUGAAACGCUUAUGUGCCACUAGGUGGAUACAACGAUAUGAUGCAGUUAAUGACUUUAUUCAAUUAUUACCAUUUGUUGUUAAUGCACUACAAACAAUUGCGACUGAGUGGAAAGAUUCAUCCUCAAUAGAUGCAGAUAUGUUGAAAAAGGCUAUUACAGAAUCAGAAUUUUUAAUUUCUCUUUAUGUAAUUAAAGUUUUAUUUUCAUAUGGUUUGCCCCUUUGUAAGAAAUUACAAAAAGUGCGUAUCGACUUAAAGCAGACGAUAGAGUUAGUUGAGGAGGUAAUAGAUUGCCUUCAAAAUUUGCGAACUAAUGCUGAUGAAGAAUUUAAUCAUAUUUUUAAAGAAGUUAAACGAACAGCAGACUUGGUUGGUACUGAAUUAAAAACCAAAAGAAUUGUAGGGAUACAAAAAAACAGAGCAAAUCCUAAAGUUGACGGUUUAUCUAUAGAAAACUAUUACAGAAUAGUUAUUUUCAUUCCAUACAUAGAAAACUUUAUACAAGAACUUAAAAAUCGGUUUAUGAACCACAGAUGUGUAUUUGAGGGUAAAUAA